CUCAAAGCUUGGGCUAUCUCCGGAGACUUCGGGUAUAGCUUGUAAUUUCUAAUCGGUACUAUGGAAACACUGAACCCAACAACUGAACAUGCAAGCACCUACGGCCGUGCGUGCACAAAUUGCUACAAGGCAAAGUGCCGAUGUGUGCGUGCUCGGAGUGGCAGUGACUGUGAAAGGUGCCUCCGUCUAAAGAAAAAGUGCCAACCAUCAGAAUCAGUUCGCAGGCGUCAUGGUCCCAUGGCCGAAGGGUCCGAUACGCGGAUCGCUCGACUAGAAGAAAAGAUGGAGAGUUUACUGGCUGCAAUGCAAACCUUCGUCAGUUCCUCUAGCUCGUUCGGGGCCCUGGCUGAUACCACUCAGCCCAUAGCUACGUCAAAUGGUGCUCUCGUGAACAUGACGAAUUUUGAUUUCAGUACGAGACUGGCCCUGUCGAAUACCACUGUAUCAACGCACCCAAAUCAAUCGCCCCAGUCCUCUUCUUAUGCGACGUCUCCGACUGAUUCACGGCCGAAUCAAGAGGAGGGACGGUUAGAUUAUUUCCGAAACCAUAUGCUGCCAUAUUUUCCGUUCAUCGACCUUACUCCGGAGAUGACGACGCAGUAUCUGCGCCACAACAGGCCUUUCUUGUUACGAGCUAUUUACACUGUCACGACCUUCUCGACCCAGGAGAGAUUAGCUCAAGUGGAGGAGCUGAAGCACCUCCUAUUCACAUCUGCAUUGCUCAAGGUUGAGUCCAGCAUCGAUAUGCUUCUAGGAUUACUGACGUAUAUUGCUUGGAGUACCGAUACUUUCCUCGGCAGAGCGGAUCUAGUUUCUCGCCUCAUGAUGCUCGCGAUAUCACUGGUAUAUGAUCUGCGGUUAUUCAAAGCGUCCGCACCGGACGUGCAAGUCAUGAUGGCUAUCUCCCAAGGUCAAGCUGAAGAAACAAGACAAAGCCUCGACGCUGAGACGCGGUGUAGCUUAUUUGAAGGACGCCGGGCAGUAUUGGCAUGUUUCGUAUUGAGUUCCAAUCUUUCGUCUCACCUGGGCCGUCAGGAUGCCUUAAAUUGGACUCCCCAAAUGGAAGAGGCACUCCACAUCCUAACAAUCAAUGAACCUUGCCCUACGGAUAAGCUAUUUGUCUCGCAAGUGCGCCUGCAGCUGUUUAAGCAAAAGGCGCAGAACGUUCGGCAAGGGGAGGAGGUAGGAUGGACUCGUACAGGGACUGAUCCUGCCACGGCCUCACUGCCGCAUUUAUUGUAUUUCAAGAUGCUACGCAGGCAGCUGCAAGAGCUCAGGUCUUCAUUCCAGGCCGAUCUUCAUCAAACAGGUACAGACAUUCUCCAUGCUCACGCGCAGUAUGUCGAACUAUACAUAAACCAACUAGCAUAUUCCAUCAGUCACGAACCACGACCUCUAAAUAUCGGCGGACCAUUGGGAUUCGAACGGUUUGAAUGCUUAUGGCAGUCUGUUGAAAACAUCAAAUUAUGGCUGGACAGCUUCGACGCUAUCCACGACUCUAAACUCAUCGGCCAACCCUUUCACUUUUGGUCCCAGAUGAUCACGAGCCUCACGCUGCUGAAAUAUCUUUCUACCCUCCGAGACCCCGAAUGGGAUUGCCAAGCGGUGCGGAACGCAGUCCCACUCAUCGCGACGAUUGACUCAAUGCUGCAGAAACUGGAUCAGAGCAGCCAGCAACCAGAGCUGCAGUGCAACGACCAUUUACUCCAUUAUUUAUCCAAGCUGUUAAUGCGAUGCAGGCUGUGGGCGGAAGCACGGUGGGAUAGCACCUGUCCGAUACCGGAAGCGAAUGUCCUUAGUGAGAGCGACCUUGAUGUAACUAAGCAAAAUUCACAUAUCCCUGAUCUGGACCAGAUCGCCUGGAUACAGUCGAUGGAUUUGGGAGAUGAUCAGUGGCUUGACAACGUACUGAGUAUACCCACAACACUUAACUAGUGGCUUGCCAGCUGUUCAUCAAAACCGCCUGCAGCACAAUCUUGCCUUCCAUCAGAUCCAUUCCGAGUUCCUUCAAACACUACGGCUGGAGAACACUCUGUACUUUUCUAGCCCCCUCGACAAUCCACGUUAUGGACCGUUUACUUUACGCACUGCAGGGCUGGAGACGGUAGGGGCGGAGGGCUUGUUCGUCAGAACAAUGAACGCUUGUUUUCCUCUCUGCGCCUAUUCUAACACGUUUACCCAGUCUCCAUCUUUCCAUGUAUCA